AUGUUGCCCAAGUUCCUUGCAGCCGUUCUCCUCGCCCAUGGCGUCGGGUUCGGCCUUGCCUCACCAAUCGCCAGCCGUGCCGAGAACGCCAACUCCUCCUUCACGCAUGAAGUUAGGUGGUCGACCCGAGUCCAGAUCGCCCCGGCCUUCCCCAUCCACGAAUCCUGCAACAUCACCCUCCAGAGACAGCUGUCCCGCGCCCUUGACGAGACCGUGACGCUCGCCAAGCAUGCUAAGGAGCACAUCCUUCGCUGGGGCGACGAGUCUCCCUUUGUGCAAAAGUAUUUCGGAAACGGCUCGACUGCCGUUCCCAUUGGUUGGUACGAACGCGUCGUGUCUGCCGAUAGGGGCGCCAUGCUUUUCCGAUGCGAUGACCCAGAUAAGAACUGUGCUACACAAGAUGCAUGGGCCGGCCACUGGCGCGGUAGCAACGCCACCGAGGAGACCGUCAUCUGCGACCUUUCCUUCCAGAAGCGCCGAUGGCUCGACUCGGUAUGCGGCCUAGGCUACAACGUGGCCGAGUCAGCCCUCAACACCUUUUGGGCUACGGACCUUCUUCACCGGGUGUACCACGUGCCCCAGAUCAGCGAAGGCAUUGUUGACCACUUCGCGCACAGCUACACCGAGGCGCUGGAGCUGGCCAAGACGGACCCUUCCAAGGCGGGCAUUGAUAGCAAUAUUCUCCAGUACUUCGCUAUUGACGUCUACGCUUUUGACAUCGCUGCGCCGGGCGAGGGGUGCUCGGGAGAGGUGGCAGAAUAG